AUAACGUCGUCCUGUUUAUUCGCACCCGAUCCUUGAUCACUCAGGCUCAGGGGUUAUCCCUUGCAUACAAGCAUCCUCUUACAUAAACUCGUCUUUCCUCUAACAUGCUUUUCAACGAGGCAGCGUGUUUCAGUAUGCGUGUGCCGAAGGAAACCAUCCAGACAUGGUUGACUCACGGAGGCAGAAUAUUUCCUGGAGGAACCAGUGCUGUCGCGUCUUACUUUUUUGCCGUCAGUCGCGAAGACGAGUGGACAAGCAUACUUUGCAGAAGAUCGGUAGUGGUAAUACAUGUGGGCUGGAUUUUGCACUGCGUCGCGCAUUCAUUUCGCGUUCCAGUUGUGGGCUACAUACUUGAUGGUAUGAUUACGUCUCAUGCUGCGUUCUUGGCCGUGAAAUACUCUACUUAUCAUGGCACACUACUGAUUUCUCUGCUUAUUUGAUAUAUCUCUGCCGCACCUCACACGGCCCCAGGAUCUCACGUACCUUUCUUUC